AGUAGCACAGACAGGCCGCCUUGGUCGAACUGGCUAGUUCUAUCUUUGUCUCUCCAAUACAACUGCACUUAAGGCAGCGUGUCAUCAACUAAAGCUCAAAGCAGGAAAAAUGAAUAUCCGUAAUGCACGGCCAGAAGAUCUGAUGAACAUGCAGCAUUGCAAUUUGCUGUGUCUUCCAGAGAAUUAUCAAAUGAAAUAUUACUUCUACCAUGGCUUGUCAUGGCCUCAGCUCUCGUACAUUGCAGAGGACGAGAAUGGAAAAAUAGUUGGAUAUGUCCUCGCCAAAAUGGAGGAAGACCCUGAUGAUGUGCCUCAUGGACAUAUUACAUCACUUGCAGUUAAGCGAUCCCAUAGACGGCUUGGUCUGGCUCAGAAACUGAUGGAUCAGGCCAGUAGAGCAAUGAUUGAGAACUUCAAUGCUAAAUAUGUUUCUCUUCAUGUCAGGAAGAGCAACCGGGCAGCACUUCACCUGUACUCCAACACCCUAAAAUUCCAGAUUAGUGAAGUGGAGCCAAAAUACUAUGCAGAUGGGGAGGAUGCUUAUGCCAUGAAAAGGAAUCUUACACAAAUGGCAGACGAGUUACAGAAACCAGGCGUGCGUCUCUGGGGUUCGGAGGCUCCCACGUCUCAGGACACUCCUGUCACUGGUCUCGUUGAGAAGCUGUCAGUGCAGGAUGGAGAGAAGGAAGGAGAUGGUGACAGUGGUGGAGAGAGUAAAGAAAUGAGUGAAGUCAGCGAGGCCACAGAAAGUACAGACGUCAAAGACUCAUCAUCCUCAGAUUCCUGAACACGUUUUUCCUAUGAAAUGCCUUGUUUGAAAACUACCAUAGUUUUGAAGCCGGUUCACAACAUCCAUAUGUCAAACUGUAUUAUUUUAUUACAAGACACAAGUUACAAACUGAAAAGGAGCUUUGCCACUUUUCUUAUAUUCAGAACAAACAAGAUGUUAAUAAAUUGGAAAGAAAUAUG